UCACACUUUCGUGAAAUCAUAUGAUCGAUUUGCAGUGAAAAUUUUCAGACGUUGGGCAGAAGGCAAAAGUAACUUAUCGUUUUCCACUUUCCUCGUGUUGGGCCGCCGUUUCCAACUCAGUUCGGCUGUGAAUGUAUUAGCUUAAUUAAAUUUCAAUUAUUUCCAGGCACGGUUGUUGUACGUGGGCUUCUUUAAAACACUUGAAUUUCCUUUCGGUUUGUGCAGUGAAAAAAAUCAGUCAAAAUGGCACUGAGCGAUGCUGAUGUACAAAAGCAGAUCAAGCACAUGAUGGCGUUCAUUGAGCAGGAGGCCAAUGAGAAAGCCGAGGAGAUCGAUGCCAAGGCCGAGGAGGAGUUCAACAUUGAGAAGGGACGCCUGGUCCAGCAGCAGCGUCUCAAGAUCAUGGAAUACUACGAGAAGAAGGAGAAGCAAGUUGAGCUGCAGAAGAAGAUUCAGUCCUCCAACAUGCUCAACCAGGCUCGUCUGAAGGUGCUGAAAGUGCGCGAGGACCAUGUGAGCAGCGUGCUGGAUGAUGCCCGCAAGCGUCUCGGCGAGGUCACCAAGAAUCAGUCCGAGUACGAGACUGUGCUGACCAAGCUCAUCGUCCAGGGCCUGUUCCAGAUCAUGGAGCCCAAGGUGAUCCUGCGCUGCCGCGAGGUGGACGUCCCCCUGGUACGUAACGUCCUGCCUGCCGCUGUGGAGCAAUACAAGGCCCAGAUCAAUCAGAACGUCGAGCUGUUCAUCGACGAGAAAGACUUCCUCUCUGCUGAUACCUGCGGUGGUGUUGAGCUGCUGGCCCUCAACGGACGCAUCAAGGUGCCCAAUACGCUGGAGUCCAGAUUAGACCUCAUUUCGCAGCAGCUGGUGCCCGAGAUUCGUAACGCACUUUUCGGCCGCAACGUCAAUCGCAAAUUCACCGACUAAAUUCUAUAAGUGCAAAACAAAACAUAACUAACCAGAAAGAGAACCAGCAUCAACACCUAUUCAGCAGGAACAGUUCAAGUUAUUACAACAGAAGCUCCACCCACUAAAUAUUGAACCCAAGUAAACUUAUCCUUUGGCAGUCAGGAGGCAACAGCUAGGAUUAUAUUUGAUUGCAAAAUACUUUUGCCGUUGUCUUUGUAAAGUGAAAUUGAAACACUCAAGAACAUUUCGGUCCUUGUGUACGCAACAGUUUUAAUAGUAACCACACUAAACGCGCAUAUAUAUUCUCCGAUAUAUAUGUCUGUAUGCCAAUACUUAUUAUAUAGUUUAGAGGACACGAUCCUAGGAGCAUACGAAAGCAUAAUACGAGUUUGUUAAAGUUUGUUCGUUUUUUUUUUACAUAUGCACAUAUUUCUGAGCAGUAGGUCUAGAUAUGUGCUUAUAUUGUAUACAUACACUUUAAAAUUUUGCAUACAUUCCUGUCCAAGAAUUUUUAUUUCAGUUUUCCCCUCGUUUAUUGUACAUUAUUUUCUGUAGUCUUUGUUAACUUUUUAUAUGUCUAUGUCGUUUAUGUUCGUAAUUAUCAAGUGCAGCGUUCAGGAGGAACAACGGCAGUGGAUCGCCCCUUUUACAGAGCCGCUGGCAGGUUGCGCAUGCGACCACACAGCAUUGUUGCUCAGCGAAGCACCGAAAUGGACCUAAACCCCCGAUUUCGCUUCUUCGAGGGCAACGGACGCUUGUGCAACUGCCACUGGCUCAACGAAAGCCCCGAAAAUCAUCAAUGUCUGUUGUUGUUGAGAUACCGAGAGUAGAGAAUACACACUGCUUAGCACGCGACACUUAAUACCCAUUCAUUACACAUGCACCAACGACGAUGAAGUUUUGCCAAGUAGCUAAGUUUGUUGACCUGACCAUCAAGUGCAGCUUUCACACCCUCAUAUAACUACUUAAAGAAAAUAUAGAAAAAUGGAAAUUAGUUUUGCAAUUUAGGGGACUGCCGAACUGCCACCGUUUCCACCUGACGCUGCGCCAUCAUAUCAGGCUCUAAAAAUCAACACACCAUGUUCAAACACACGACUAGCAUACAGGAGCAGGAGCUACAGUAAAUUUGAACCUUGUAUUCGCAUGUUCGCCAAUGUUCAUAGUGUAUUCUUCAAGCUCAUUUUCUAACCAAGUUACCAAGUUCAAUAUGAUGAAUAACUACAAGAUUAGCAAACAAAUACAAGUAGCAUAUGCGUUAUUAUAUAACAUCGAGUACUAUAUACAUUACAUGAAAUACAAAAUGCAAGAAAAAUUACUUUUAAACAAAAUUUAUGUUGAAUAAAAAACAGUAUUUCCAAAAACUAAACUUAACUGUAUAACAACUUCCUUUUGCAAUGUUCUAAUGAUCCUAAAAACAAGACAUGGGGUAAACUAUUUUAAGAAAUUCAAUCUAGGACUUCAAAUAAGUCUUAAUUAAGUACACCCAUAUUCUUGAUCAGCAGAGUCAACUUGCUCAUGUUUGUAUGAAAACCUAGAACAUAAAAAAGCCAGAAGGUCUGGACUAAACUCGCAGAUUCCUGUAACUUGGAAGCACCACGAGUUUGCUUUAGAAGAUGCCUUUCCGUUGAACUAAAACUAGACGAGUAAAGCGUAUCUCAAACAUUGUAUCUUCCGAACCAAAAUAGUGCUGCAUACUUUUCGGGAUAUGUCUUAUUCAAUGUAAGUAAUACAAAAAGAAAAAAGGUAACUUCUUAAAACUUGUAAUAUUUGUCACAAAUGAAUGACGACUAGAUUUGGCCAUGUCUGUAACAAUAAACGUACAAAAUAUUCGAAGUUGCAGAAAUGGGGAUCCAGCAUUCGGAUUUGGUUUUUUGUCAAACUUUUAAAUAUAGAAUCGGACCACAUCUUUUUAAGACCUUAAAAAACUGAUUUGAAGUUAGACCCCUCAUAAUGCCAACUAAAUUUGUUAAACAAAAAUAUGCCCCUAUAUGCCAAUCAAAUUUAAAUACAAUGCUUUCUC